ACCGGGGUCGUACUUUUUUCCGCGCCAUGCCUGUGUCCUUACUCCACAGGAAACCUGCGUUUCAAGAGCUCUCCCGUUCCGGAAGCGGCCGGUGUCCAGAACAAAAGCAUCCGGGUACAUCCGGAAGCUUUAGGAACGAAGGGCUUAUGGCGGAGGUACGUCCCGGGAGAGCCACGGGCUCGCGUCGCUGUCGGAGUCUGCGCCUCGGCCAUCGGCGACCUCAGACCUGGGAGAUUUCCGACUCAGACGCUGAAGGUGCCCCUGCUAGGGAGGUCGGCACGCAAGCCCAGGGUACAGUAAGAGAGCGCAGAGCUGCGGCCAAGGCUUUACGGGCAGAUCAGGUUCUGGGGCGACUGGUGGUGUGCGUGGACCCAGCUGUCCUGGAAGAUGCAGGCUCCGACAUCCUGAUGGAGGCGCUGGGCACUCUAGGCUGUGAAUGCCGCAUCGAGCCGCAACACCAGGCCCGCAGCCUGCAGUGGAACGUUGUGAAGCCCGACCCAGCACCCAACAAUGUGCCUCUGGAGGCGAAGGCUGAAAAUGAGCAGGAACAGUUGCUGCUGCUGGAACCCCAGGAAUUUCUUGAGGGUGCUGUGCAGCUGACCCAGAUCACAGACCAACCUUGCUCCAUCCCCUGGCUUUCUCCCAAGAGUCUCACCCGCUCCCAUCUGGCUAUCAUUGGACUGGACACAUACCUGUGGUCUCACCAGCCCAGCUCUCAGAAGACAUGGCAACUAAAGAAGUCUAAGGAAGCUCAUGCCAGAGUAACCAUCAGCUGGGCCGAGGUGGAGGAGGCCCUGGUGCUGCUGCAGCUCCAUGCAAACCUGGAUGUGCUGCUGGUGGCCUCGUGGCAGGAGCUGAGUCAGCACGUGUGCGCUUUCACCAGGGCCCUCUCACAGCUCCCCUCUAAGUAUGUACCUCUGGGGGGGGGGGGGGGGGUGGAGACAGGCCAGGGUUGGAGGGCCGCACAGAUGGGGUUCUCAAAGCUUCUGUCUGGGUGUCCUCAUUCCAGGCAGCUCCGGGACUCCCAGGCCUUUUCUUUCUGCACAGCAGGGCACUGGGCCUCAGGUCAGCAAGUGACCAGAGAUGGCUCUGGGCUCAGAGGUGUGUGGUGGCAACAAAUCAGACAGUUCAACCGGGUCAGCACAGCUGUGGCUGACGCUGUUGUUACUGCCUUCCCCUCACCCCGCCUUUUGCAACAGGCUCUUCUGGACUGCAGCACUGAGCAGGAACGCCUGAGCCUUCUAGCUGACCUCCCUGUGAAGGCCCACAGGGGCAAGCAGCCUCGAAGAGUGGGGCCUGACCUCUCCCGCAGGAUCUGCAUCUUCUUGACCACCACCAACCCUGACCUCCUGCUGGACCUGAGCUCGUGACCUGGGCCAUCCUUGGGUCUCCUCCUGCCCAUCAGCACAACAGGACAGGUCUGCCAGGGUCUAAUUACCCUGAGAGGCAGGCAAGGGGGUUUGGUCCCGCCCAUCCCUUUUUCAGACUGUGGUAGACUCUGUUGCCUGCUGGUCAAAUGGAAGCACUAUGGGAGGUAGGGGAGAGGGUAAGCGGAGCUGAGGUGAACAGAAGAGUGGAGGAGAGUGGAUGGAAGAGCCCUAGGGUGACGGGGGUCUCAACUUGCCUUUGGCCUGGCCACUUGCUGCAGGAAGCUUAGUAGCAGGUCUGAGGGCCUAGUUGUACUGUUACAGGCCCAUGCUAUCUGGAAGCUUAGGGCACACCCACAGGGAAAGGUACUCGGAGAUCCAAACCAGGCUCUCUCAAAGCUGCCUGACAGAGACAGAUAAACAAUAGACACAG